CAAGGAAAUUAAAAGACAUAAUAUUAAUGACUGACAAUGAAGUAUCCUCUAGUGAAGACUCCUUAUAAGAGGGAUAAACAAGGAAAAUAUAGCUAGAAAUGGAUUUUGAACCGCAUGAUGAAACGUCUGGCGCAAAAAGGGAUGACGAACAUACAGAAGAAUAUCGGAUCGUUCUUUUGGGGAAAACGGGAUCUGGGAAAAGUUCUACGGGAAACACUCUUUGUGGAAGAGAGGUGUUUGGUUCUCAUGUUUCGGAGUCUUCUGUUACCAAAACCUGUCAGUUCGUCGAAACGUGUCAGUUUGGCCGUCACUUGAGUAUUGUGGACACCCCUGGCUCCUUUGAUACGUCGACAUCCAAUGACGUCAUCAUGACAGAAGUGACGCGUUGUUUGGCCCUCUCUGCUCCGGGUCCUCACGUAUUUAUCUAUGUCUUUAACGCACUCUCGAGAUUCACUGCUGAGGAAGAAGAUUCGAUCAAGCAGUUUGUCGAGCAUUUCGGGGAGCGGGUAUUUGAUUACAUGAUAGUGGUGUUCACACGAUACGAUGAUCUGAAACGCCACACCACGCCAUCGAAGUACCUCUCGAACGUGUCGCCAAAUUUUCGAACGUUUUUAAACAAGUGCCGAUGGAGAGUGUGUUGGAUUGAUAACACUGCAGAUGGCUUGAACUCGUCAAAACAAGUCGAAACUUUGCUUUUUGAAGUGGGAAAGAUUAUUGAGCAAAACGGAAACAUUAGUUUCUAUUCGAACACCUUAUACACAGAGGCUGAAAAAAUAAUGAAGACGAGAGAAGAAGAAAUAAAAAAUGAUCAAAGAAAGAAUGAGAAUGAACUAAGCGUUUUAAGAAUCCGAGAGGAACAUCUGGAAAAAGAACUUAAAUCUAAAACUUGGCGAUUGAAGGAUAUUGAAAGACGUCUUCGGGAACUCGAAACAACGUCAAGGAAAAGCGUAGAGGUUCAACGCACAUCUACGCGUUCAUCCAAAUCUAAUUUUUCUACAGCUGCCUUACAAAAAGAGCAGGAAAUAAGCUAUCUUAACAAAGAGGUUGAAAAAAUAAAAUCAUCCGACCUACGUUUGAUUGAAAAACAGCGAGAGGAAAUUGCUAAACUGAAAGAGCGAUUGACAAGAAGACAUGUUAAAGGAAAUCCAAGAUCAAUGGCGCGAAAAGAGGUUUCAAGGAGGAACAGCUGUCUGAGUUCCAAGGUUUCUCGGGGAAUUCUUGCUCUAGGUAAACAUUUGCUAACAGGAAUUAUUGGGUUGCUGUUGCUGUAAUUUCCGUAGCAUCUCCAGCCUUGGGUGUUAGAAUGUACGAAAUGCCUUGACAUUUGAUAUUGUUUAUAACUUUUGUUUUUAAUUAAAGAUUUGCAAAUCUUCA